ACGUCACGGCGUCGCUUUCCGGUGGCUGAGCCGAGCUGAGGUUGUUGUGGGCCGGGGGCGCCAUGGGGGCGACUGGCGACACCGAGCAGCCGCGGGGCCCCGGCGGGGCAGAGCGAGGUGGCCUGGAGCUGGGCGAUGCGGGCGCGGCGGGCCAGCCGGUUCUCACGAACCCUUGGAACAUAAUGAUAAAACAUCGGCAGGUGCAGCGAAGGGGCCGCCGAUCUCAGAUGACCACAAGUUUCACGGAUCCAGCCAUCUCUAUGGAUCUCCUCCGUGCUGUCCUGCAGCCCAGCAUCAAUGAGGAGAUCCAGACUGUCUUCAACAAGUACAUGAAGUUCUUCCAGAAGGCAGCGCUGAAUGUGCGAGACAACGUUGGGGAAGAGGUGGACGCAGAGCAGUUGAUUCAGGAGGCCUGCCGCAGCUGCUUGGAGCAGGCAAAGCUACUCUUUUCAGAUGGAGAAAAAGUGAUACCCAGAUUGGCCCAUGAACUUCCAGGGAUCAAGCGUGGCCGGCAAGCAGAAGAGGAGUCCCACCGAGGAAGCCCCAUUCCCAAAAAGAGGAAAGGUCGGCCUCCUGGACACGUCCUGACAAAUGACCGCGCAGCUGCUGGCAUGGUAUGGAAACCAAAAUCCUGUGAACCAAUUCGCCGAGAAGGCCCCAAGUGGGACCCAGCUCGGCUGAAUGAAUCUACUACUUUUGUUUUGGGAUCUCGAGCCAACAAGGCCUUGGGGAUGGGAGGCACCAGAGGGAGGAUCUACAUCAAGCACCCACACCUCUUUAAGUAUGCAGCAGAUCCUCAAGACAAGCACUGGCUGGCUGAGCAGCACCAUAUGCGGGCAACAGGCGGAAAGAUGGCGUACCUUCUCAUUGAGGAAGACAUCCGAGACUUGGCUGCCAGCGAUGACUACAGAGGAUGCUUGGACCUGAAGUUGGAGGAGCUGAAAUCCUUUGUUCUGCCGUCCUGGAUGGUUGAGAAGAUGCGGAAAUACAUGGAGACACUACGGACAGAAAAUGAGCACCGUGCUGCUGAAGCACCUCCCCAGACCUGAGCCGGCGGGCAGGCGGGCGGCCUGGCUACUGCACGUGGGUGGCAGCCCGCCUCCCAGACCCUUCUCCCUGCGCUGAGGCCACCAUAGGGAUGUGGUCUGGUUGGCGCUUAGCAGCAUUAAGCUGUACAUAAGCUGGUUUGUAGUGACUCACUGCAGAGCACCCCAGACCGGCGUGUGGUUCUGUUUCUAAAGUUAUUGGAAUAAGAAGCAAUUAAACAGUUUGUAAUAAACACAGGUAGUGAGCCUGCUGUAA